AUGAAUUUAACACAUACAUUAGUUUCGUCAAUUUUUCUAGAAACACAUUCUGAAAUUGGUUCAUUAACAAAUGAUUUUAAUCAGCUUAAAACCCUUUACCAAACUGAGAAAGAUUAUGAAAUCAAAAUGAAAGAAAUAUUAGAAGCGAAUGAACCCGUUUCUGAAAGUGCAGAUCAUAUAGAAAAUGAGGAAAUGUCAUAUUUUAAUAAUCAAGUUCUUACUCCGUUACAAAUUAAAAAAUUUCAAAAAAUAUUAUUUCAAAAUACUAUUAAAAAAAAAAAUGAUGAACAAGAAAUUAAUGAAAAAUUAACCGUUAUCUUAGAUCAACAAGAAAAAGAAGCAUUUAUUCAUAAACUUCGUACAUUGGUCUGUUGUAAAACCAAAACAUGUCUAACCAAAAUCGACCAUGAAUCUGCGUUUGAAAAUUUUGAUAACAUUCGAAAAUUAACAAAAUUUGAGUACAAUAUGUUUUUAUUAGGAAUGCUUCAUGCAAUAGUUCAUCCAAAAGAGACAUUACGUGGUAAAGAAAAACAAUACUUAACUGUUAGAUAUACUUUUGAUGGAGAUGAAAUUUCUAUCUGUCAACAUUAUCAUAUAAAUAGUAUUAAACCUAUUAAACAUGCACUUUUAGAAAGAAAAUCUCAUAACGCUUUAUCAUUCACGACUGUUUUAAAUGCUCUUAUAUUUAUUGUUAAUUAUGCAAACUGUCAUGAAUUACCAUCACUAGAGGACACUAUGGUUAUUACAUUUCUCUCCACUAGUGAAAGUUAUGCUGUACUUUUUCGGAUUUAUAAAUCAAAUUUAGAUGAUGACUCUGAUUACCAAAAUGAGCGAGAUAAUAAAAUUCAAGAAUGGAGUAGUCAUAUUGAAUAG